CCACCUUUAUUAAAUUUUCCACUUAGGAAUAAUACCGUAAUUCAUACGUAGAAGAAUUUGUCAAGCCGUCUCUUUUCUGCCGCAGCCCGAUUCUGUUAGUUUGGGUUUCUCCAGAAGCAAAUCCUGCGAUGCAAAUGUAAAUUGGCCUUGUUUCUGUGUGAGGAGAUUGAAGAUGACCCUUCAGCGAUGUUAGGUCUAUAAUGGGAAGUGUCACAGCUCGAUAUUUCUGUUACGGAUGCCUUUUCACAUCUGCGACCUGGACGGUUUUGCUUUUUAUUUAUUUCAACUUCAGUGAAGUGACUCAGCCACUUAAGAAUGUGCCCAUCAAGGGGUCCGGGCCCCAUGGCCCUUUUCCCAAAAAAUUCUAUCCCCGUUUCACUCGAGGCCCAAGUCGAGUGUUAGAGUCACAGUUCAAAGUAAACAGAAUUGAUGACAUGAUAGAUAAUCAUGUUGAAGAUCCAGAAAAAGGCAACACGAAAUUCUCUUCUGAAUUGGGCAUGAUUUUUGAUGAACGUGAUCAGGAGUUGAGAGACUUGGGCUAUCAGAAACACGCCUUCAACAUGCUCAUCAGUAACCGCUUGGGCUACCGCAGAGAUGUGCCCGACACCAGGAACACCGCAUGUAAAGACAAGUCUUACCCCGCGGACCUGCCAGUCGCCAGUGUCGUUAUCUGUUUCUACAAUGAAGCCUUGUCUGCCUUGCUUCGUACGGUGCACAGCGUUCUAGACCGUACGCCAGCCCAGCUCCUUCAUGAAAUCAUCCUUGUGGAUGAUGACAGUGACUUUGAUGAUUUGAAAGGAGAACUAGAAGAAUAUGUCCAAAAAUACCUCCCUGGAAAAAUUAAAGUAAUAAGAAACACAAAGCGUGAGGGACUGAUUCGAGGAAGGAUGGUCGGAGCAGCCCAUGCUACAGGAGAGGUCCUGGUGUUCCUGGACAGCCACUGCGAGGUGAACGUGCUGUGGCUGCAGCCCCUGCUGGCCGCCAUCCGGGAGGACCCGCGGACCGUCGUGUGCCCCGUCAUUGACAUCAUCAGUGCGGACACGCUCGCCUACAGCUCGUCCCCCGUCGUGCGCGGAGGGUUCAACUGGGGGCUGCACUUCAAGUGGGACCUCGUGCCCCUUUCUGAGCUCGGGGGACCGGAAGGAGCCACCGCACCCAUCAGGUCACCGACAAUGGCUGGAGGAUUAUUUGCCAUGAACAGACACUAUUUCAAUGAACUUGGACAGUAUGACAGUGGCAUGGAUAUCUGGGGAGGAGAAAAUUUAGAAAUAUCAUUUCGGAUCUGGAUGUGUGGAGGUAAGCUCUUCAUCAUCCCGUGCUCUAGAGUCGGACACAUUUUCCGAAAAAGGCGACCGUACGGCUCUCCUGAAGGCCGGGACACCAUGACCCACAACUCCUUGCGGCUGGCACACGUCUGGUUGGAUGAAUACAAGGAGCAGUAUUUUUCCUUAAGACCUGACCUGAGGACCAAAAGUUACGGAAACAUCAGUGAGCGUGUUGAACUGAGGAGGAAGUUGGGCUGUAAAUCAUUUAAGUGGUAUUUGGAUAAUAUUUACCCAGAGAUGCAGAUAUCUGGGCCCAAUGCCAAACCCCAACAACCCAUUUUUAUCAACAGAGGGCCAAAACGUCCCAAAGUCCUUCAGCGUGGAAGGCUCUAUCACCUCCAGACCAACAAGUGUCUGGUGGCCCAGGGCCGCCCGAGUCAGAAAGGAGGCCUGGUGGUGCUUAAAGCGUGUGACUACAGUGACCCCGGUCAGGUCUGGAUUUAUAACGAAGAGCACGAGUUGGUUUUAAAUAAUCUCCUUUGCCUGGAUGUGUCAGAAACUCGCUCGUCAGACCCACCCCGACUCAUGAAGUGCCACGGGUCGGGAGGGUCCCAGCAGUGGACCUUUGGGAGGAGUAACCGGCUGUACCAGGUGUCGGUUGGACAGUGUCUGAGAGCAGUCGACCCACUGAGUCACAAAGGCUACGUCGCCAUGGCGAUCUGUGACGGCUCCUCUUCACAGUGGUGGCGUUUGGAAGGUUAAAGUGGCUGCUGUGCCGGAAUAUGGUAAUCCAUCGGCGUCGGCCUCCUCUGUAAGGCGUGAGGCUUGAGAAGUUGCUGGUACAAGAAAAUCCCUGAACUGAUCUCCCAGUUAAGUAGAACCAUUUUUGAGAAGGUGGGACAGCAGAUACACUAGAGACUGGAGCCCAGAGUGGUCAUCAAGGGAGUGAGGAAGUAUGUUUUACCAAGACAUUAACAUCAUUUCUGAGCUGCUAAGGAAUUUCUUGCUUAUGGUGAGAAACUAGAAUACAAUUUUAACUCUAUAAAGGGUCAGGUAUGUACAGAAAGACAAACCCAGGAAAUUGAACAGAAAUGUCAAACUUUUAUUUAUGCUUCUUUUUAAUCCCUUGAAUAAUGGAAUGGCGUUUGUCUGAUCAGGAACUUGUCAUGAUUUCCUUUUUUAGAAGGACUUCAUAGGAAACAGAUUUUUUUUUUACUCCUAUUAUCAUGUCUUAAAAUAAUUUUAAACAGACUGAAUCCACAUUGCUUUUAACUUCAGAAGGCCUCAUUUAUAAGAUUAUAUAUUUAAGAGGCAGUUAACUGUUAUAAAUUAUUUUGAUGAACUAUGGUACUAUCUACAUUUAAAAUAAAGGGUUCUUUUGAUGAUUUA